AUGUGUGGUAAAAAGUUUAGCUUUAAGUGCGACUUGUAUAAUCAUGAGAAAAUUCAUAAAGGCGAAAAUCCUAAUAAAUGCGAAUUUUGUGAUCAUAUAGCUAGGCGAGGAAAGCAUCUAAAAAAACAUGUGAUGGCAAUGCAUUACAAUCAAGAUCGUUACAAGCGUAAUAAGGAUCUAUAUAUUCGUAAAUCAUACAAAUGCGGAACGUGUGAUAAAGAGUUCCAGUAUGAAACUCAAUUGCGUACUCAUGAGAGAACUCAUAUAGAACAAAGUUACAAUUGUGACCUUUGUGGACGAAAGUUUAG